UAGUGUACUAGUGUCAGUGUGUGUAACAAAAAAGAAAGCUGUGUCGUGUGGCAGGAGAUCAGUACUAGUCCUAUGGAACAACAAAGUUUGAUAUCUUUCUCUCACACCCAAAACUUUUUCCCCAAACUGAAAACCCUCAACACCCCAAUUUCCCUCCUCAACUGAACAAACCAGAGCUCUCUCUCUCACAAAAAACCCAUUUUGUACAAUCAAUCUCUCUCUUCCUGGUAUUGAUAAUCUGCAACUUUGGGCUCUCUAUUCACUCCUGAUCUCCCGGUCAGUUACUCUCUCUCUCUCUCUCUCUCUCUCUCUCUUACUUUCCAGCACCCACACUGUUUAUUGCUAUAAAAAGGUGAUAAUUUAAUGGAAAAGUUAGAAACUUGUUAACCCAGUUAUGGAUUUUGAACCACUGAACAUUGAAAAUGAGGUUAUGGAAUUUGACGCUAGUGGUUCUAUGGAAGAUGACACUGCCACACUAGACUUAGAAAACCAUGAUGAUGAGUAUGAAAGAGAUUACAAUGGUGAGUCAUUUGAGGGUUCUAAUCCUAGUACGUCUAAUGUGUUCUUGACCCACAAUGGGGAAGAACCCAAUCUUGAACCUUAUGAGGGUAUGGAAUUUGAUUCCGAACAGGCUGCACGCAUUUUCUAUAACUCGUAUGCCCGACGUAUUGGUUUUAGUACCCGGGUCAGUGUGUACCAGCGUUCACGCCGUGAUGGCUCCAUCAUAUGCCGUCAAAUUGUGUGUUCCCGUGAAGGGUUUCGUCGUGAGGGAGGUGAAAAUAGGUCUAAGAGACAGCGGACGGUUACUAGAGUUGGGUGUAAAGCGCAGAUGACGGUGAAGAAGCAGAGUUCUGGGAAAUGGGCUGUGUCAAAACUCGUGAAGGAUCAUAAUCACGAGCUUGUGCCCCCCGAUAAGGUGCAUUGCCUCCGGUCACAUAGGCAUGUAUCAGGCCCUGCUCGAAGCUUGAUUGAUACCCUUCAAGCAGCUGGGAUGGGCCCUAGUGGGGUGAUGUCUGUGUUGAUCAAAGAAUCUGGUGGAAUUAACAAUGUUGGUUUUACUAAAGUCGAUUGCCAGAAUUAUAUGAGUAGUAGCAGGCAAAGGAGUCUAGGGAGUGGGGGUCAGAUUGUUUUUGACUAUUUGAAGCAGAUGCAGGCUGAGGAUCCUGAUUUCUUUUGUGCAGUCCAGGGUGAUUUUGAAAAUUUAACAGGAAACAUUUUCUGGGCUGAUCCAAAUUCAAGAAUGAAUUAUAAUUACUUUGGAGACACUGUUACAUUUGAUACAACAUAUAGAACUAAUCGUUACCGAGUUCCUUUUGCUCCAUUUACAGGGUGGAACCAUCAUGGACAGCCUGUAUUGUUUGGGUGUGCAUUACUCCUUAAUGAGUCAGAGUCCUCAUUUGUUUGGCUAUUCCAAACUUGGCUAGCUGCAAUGUCUGGUCGCUUUCCCAUCUCAAUCACAACAGACCAAGACCGGAUCAUACGGGCAGCAGUUGUGCAAGUGUUUCCCGAAACCCGUCACCGAUUUUGUAAAUGGAAUGUGUUAAGGGAAGCUCAAGAGAAAUUGUCUGAUGUGUAUCACGCACGUCCUAAUUUUGAAGUGGAAUUCCAGAAGUGCAUCAAUUUGACAGAGACAAACAAUGAGUUCGAGUCAUGUUGGGAGUCCCUUCUUCAAAGAUAUGAUCUUGGGGAUAAUGAAUGGCUUCAGUCAAUGUAUAAUGCUCGCCACCAAUGGGUCCCAGUAUAUCUACGGGAUACAUUCUUUGGGGAGAUGUCAAUUAAUCAAGGAAGUGAUAACAUAAACUCAUACUUUGAUGGCUAUAUAAAUGCAUCAACUAAUGUUCAGGUGCUGAUUAAGCAGUAUGAAAAGGCAAUUGCCAGUCGGUAUGAAAAAGAAGUAAAGGCAGAUUAUGAUACAAUUAAUACUUUACCAGUUCUAAAAACACCAUCUCCCAUGGAAAAACAAGCAGCAAAUCUUUACACAAGGAAAAUAUUUAUGAUAUUCCAAGAAGAAUUGGUUGAAACUCUUGCUUAUCCUGCAACUAUAAUUGAUGAUACAGGAUCAGAAACUAUGUACCGGGUGGCAAAAUUUGGGGAAGACCACAAAACGCACUUUGUUAGGUUCAACAUUUUUGAAAAGAAAGCCAGUUGUAGCUGUCAAAUGUUUGAAUUUGCAGGUAUUAUAUGUAGGCAUAUAUUAGCAGUAUUUAGAGUAACCAAUGUUUUGACACUUCCAUCUCAUUAUAUCUUGAAACGGUGGACAAGAAAUGCAAAAAGUGGGGUUUUGUUGGAUCAGUGCACUCUUGGAUUGCCUAGUGAUUCUCAAGAGUCAUCUGCUGCUCGUUAUGACAAUCUACGACAAGAAGCUAUCAAAUAUGUAGAAGAAGGGGCUGAAUCUGUGCCUAUUUAUAAUGUGGCGAUGGCCGCUCUUCAAGAGGCUGCAAAGAAGGUUGCUGCUGCCAAGAAGCAUGGUUCUGGGGUUCAUCAGAGUGCGCUGGAUAAUGGGAGUCCACAGCUUCAGUCUUACUCCUUGGAUCAGGACAAGGAAAUUCAGGCAUUGACUGCUGAGUUGGAGAAUGCAAGUCAGCAAUGUGAAGCAUAUCGAGCAAAACUGUCAGCUGUUUUGAAAAACUUGGAAGAACAGAAGUUAAAGAUAUCAGUUAAGGUUCAGAAUGUGAGGCUCAAUCUAAGAAGUUAACUUUUCCGGUUGGUGAUGGGCUGGUGGCGCCAUUUCCAUCAUCUUUCAUGUAAAAUACAUGUAGCAACUGAAAAGCUGUCGUAGAAGACUGUAAAAUACAUCUAGGAAGGGUGCACGCACUUAGUGCUCAUUGUUAACAUAUUUGUUUAGUAACUAAAAAGAGGAUAUAAAAUUUUUCCCCCUAGUUUAGGAUGGUCAUAAACUAUGUGGACUUAUAUUUGGACGUGACCAUAGAAUAGUUUCUGUAGUGGGUGGUGGUGAAAGUCGAAUAAACUUUGAUGCGCUUUUAUAAUUUAGUGAUCAGUUCCUUUGUUCUUGUAA